GAUGGACGGAAGUUCUGACCAAUAGGAAGAUGGACGGAGACACCCGGAAGCGGGCGGAGAGAUGGCCAGAGCUGCAGGCCCCUGGGAAUGAUCUUAACUCCGUGUCCACAGUGAUGUGAUGUCAUCGUUGCACUGCCAUGCAGAGGGGGGUGGAGCAUGAGCGGAGGACGGCGGUGGACCCCCCCUCGCUGCCGGCCGUCCCCGUGUUUGUCUUCCCUCCAGCUCUGGACUUCUACGCUGAUGACCAGGCCAGCCACAAGCAGGUGCUCACCCUGUACAACCCGUUCCCCCGGGUGCUGCGAUACAAAGUCCUCUCCACGGCUCCACUGCGCUACACGGUGGUCGAUGCCGAGGGGCUUGUGAAGCCAAAUUCCUGCAUUGACAUAGUCACACGGCAUCGGGAUGUCCGCGCCCGCCAUUACGGCACCACAGACAGAUUCCGUGUGGAGGUGUGGGAAGAGGGCGGAGGACGAGGCGUCAUCGGGAGGAAGGACAUUCCCUCCACACUGCAUCCAACUGCGCCCGAAACCCGAGUGCGAGGCGCGCGGGACCCUGCACAAUGGCAGCCGCCCUCUCACCUGUUCUCCAUGCGGCAAGGUGCCCCUCGGCCUCUAUCGCCCAGCCUCUUCAGCCUCUACGUCCUGGUGGGUCUGAUGGCUCUGCUGGUGCUCAUGCUGCCGCUACACGGGGACCCCCGGAGCCUCCUCCAUGAAAAUCUCCACGUCUCCGUCAUCCAGAAACUGGUCGCUGCCUACGUGUUAGGACUCCUCACCAUGGUCUUCCUCCAGGCCUGAUGGACGGACAACACGAGCCGGGACUGAGCAGUGACUCUCAUCAUGAGACCCGCCCAUCCUGCCCGCGGGGGCGGUAUUAGGAAUGCAGCCGUGAGGACAUUUGCAGCAGGCUGUAAAGCGAGUUGCUCUGCUGCCAUCUGCUGGUCAAUAUAACAUUUCUUCUACUAUGACAAAGAGGACCAGGUCGCUGGCAUGUGGCCCCCAGGACUGAGGCUGCACUACUGAGACUCCGGUGACGGGGCGUCCUCACAGAGUCUCCUGGCAGCCGCUUAU